AUGACUUUAAAUUCCAUAGAUAAAACUGAACAAAAUUUGAAAGAGGAGAUUUUGAAGAAAAAUGGAAUAAAGGUCCUAAAAGGAAAGGAUAUAAAUGAAGUUUUCGCACAUUUUAAUCAAUUGAUCCAAUGGGAACAUUAUGAAAAAGAUGAUGAAAUGUUUAAUUCUAAAAAUCAUGAAAGUUUUCAGAAUGGGCUAUUGACAUUUUUUAAAGCUUUAGGAACCAAUGAUAUUAUUACACGAGGAUUGCAAUUUGAUUAUAUUUGGUCUGAAGAAGAGAUUAUCCAAACCAUAGAUCACAGAAAAAAGCUUCUUUAUUUUUCUGAUAAAAUUAUUGGAAAUGCUUUGGCAAGUGAUUUUUUAAAGGCUGCACGUAAAUAUUUGAUGGUUCCUCAAGAAGCAAAAGCCGACUUUAAAAAAAAUUUUCAAGAAAUUUAUAAAAUAGUAGAUUCUUCGGUAGUUGCACAAGAAGCUGUGGCACUUUGUUAUUUAUUGGGAAUUGGAAUUGAACAAAAUUUUGAAAAUGCCGAACUUUGGUUUGAGGAAGUUGGGAAAUCUUAUCAAAAAAAUGGAAUGGAGAAUAUUUCAAUCUCUCACAGAUUAAAAAAAAGCUUUUCUAUCUGUGUAUUCUUUGUAGAUAAAAGCAAAAAUCAUUAUCUUUCUUCAUCUCUGGAGGGAAUCAAUUGGACUAGUGCCAACCAAAUAAUGACCGGAUGGUUGUCCUCUCAUCAUCUGAGUCCUAUUAAAUUUAAAGGAAAAUUAUAUGUGGCUGCAGUAGGACUUGAUGAUAAGAUCUACUUCUUUAGUUUAACAGAUGAAAACAAAUUUAAUAAUGUAUACAAACCAUUUGAUGGUUGGAUGACAAAUCGAUCCGUGCAUUUGGCUAUUUUUAAAGGAAAACUUUAUAUUAGUAUGAUAGGAUACGACAAGCAUACUUAUUUAUCAUAUUCUUCAAAUGGAACCAAUUGGUGCGCUCCUUAUAGAACUCAUAAUGAUUGGGAAAUGACUCAAUCCUCAUGCAUGGCUAGGUUUAAAGGGAAGCUUUACAUUACUUUUGUAAACAAGGAUAAACAUUUUUUUAUAUCUUCUUCUUCAGAUGGAAUGCAUUGGGAAGAGCCUAUUAAUUUCAUUAAAGACUGGGAAACUGGGGAGCACUUGCAAAUAAUAAAUUUUAAGGAAAAGCUUUAUAUAUGUUGUCUAGGGAUUGGUAAACGCAUUAGUUUAUUCUCAUCCUUGGAUGGAAUUAACUGGUCUAAACCCUAUAGAGCCUUCACAUGGCUAUCGCCUUGUCCUGCUUCAUUGGUCAAUUAUCAAGGGAAACUUUAUAUGAGUUUAGUUUGUUCAUCUAACAAAGUAUAUCUAACAUCAUCUUUAGAUGGAAAAAAUUGGAGGGCACCUUAUCUUCUAAGUGAGAGUUGGAGAUCUUUCAAAAGUGUGAGCUUAGUUGUUACAAAUGAUGAACUUGAUACAAUGUAA